AUGUCGAGACGCAGUACGCGGUUAGUGGCGGGCGGCUACUACAGCCACAGCGACGACGCUGCCAGCCGCAGCUCGGCUGAGUCUGCGCAGGUCUCAUACAAGGAGACCCCCAUCAGGAUCUUUAAGAGGAGGACAUGGAAAGGACACCGCAGGAUGGGCACUUUGAGCUGUGCCAGCAACAUGAUGGAUGCCCUGGGGUCAGGCCCGGUCCUGCACAGCCCUAGCCACAAGAUGGGGGAUUCUAUGCAGCUACCCAGCAGCAUGGUGACCCCAUUGCAUGACCUCUCUCCCCCUGCAUUUACCUUCGGUCCCUUCACAAGCACAAGGAAGGCCUUCCUCCUCCUCACCCUCAUCCUCGCACUGCUUUUCGGCUUUUGCUACUGGAAUCUUUCUGUGACUGUCCAGCUGUGUUGUCAGGAGACUGUUCGUCCCCCUCUGCAUGACAGGUUACACUAUGGCAGUCUGUUGGCUCUGAAGAACAAAAUACAUGCUGAUCUGAGCAAACGGCAAGCCAGAUGGACGGAGAGUAGAGCUAGAGCAAUGGAGGAUAUGCUGGGGGAGAUCAGGCAGCUUAAGGAAGACGGACAGAAGCGGAAACUCGAACAGAAGAAGCUGCAGGCGGAUCUGCAGGACCUGAGGGUCCGACUGAAGACUGUUCAGUCAGAGCAUGGGAGCAUGUUCAAAGAGCAGCUGAAUGGGGUCCUUCAUGAGAUUUCUGAUCUGAGAUCAGAGGUAUCGGACCUCCGGUCAUCAUCUGAACUCCUCAGUGAUGGACUGGACGCAAAGUUGAAGGCCGAGCUCUCUGAUUGGCUGCUGCAGCAGCUGUCUGGGUCAGUUGACCCUGAGCAGGUUCUAGUGACGCAUCCUGACCUGCAGAGGGCGCUGGAUACCAUGGAAAAGAGGAUAAUGGACAAACUGGGAGAGGAAAUGAAGAAAGAGAAGAGAGACAUGAGAGAGACCCUGCAUGAAGAAGGAGCUGGAGCGGUCACCAUAAAGGAUGUGGAACAGAUCGUCCACAGAGCGCUGACUCUCUACCAGGCUGAUGGGAUCGGAAUGGCUGACUAUGCGCUGGAAUCUUCAGGAGCGAGUGUAAUAAAAAGCUCUGAGACGUAUCUCACCAGGACUGCGUACCUCAGUGUGUUUGGAGUCCCUCUGCUGUACCGCUCUGAAAGCCCUCGCACCGUCACACAGCCUGGACUGUAUCCUGGUAAGUGCUGGGCCUUCCGUGGUUCUGAGGGCUUCCUGCGGAUCUCUCUGUCCUACCCGGUCCAAAUUACCCACAUCACCCUGGAGCACGUGCCGCGGGUCCUCUCGCCCACUGGAAACAUCAGCAGCGCCCCAAAAGACUUCGCUGUUUACGGAAUGACUAAGGAGAAUGCAGAACAUCUUGGAACAUUCACUUAUGACCAAGAUGGGGAACCGAUCCAGACCUUCAAACAUCCGGACUCUCCGAGUGAGGUGUAUCGGGUUGUGGAGCUGCGGAUCCUCAGUAACUGGGGUCACCCGGAGUAUACCUGCAUCUACCGCUUCAGAGUGCACGGACAGCCCUGGACCACCUGAGAGACAGACAGAAGGAAGAACGGAGGAAUAUUUAAAUAAAAAAGUCCUGUCAGCAUAAUCGAAUGAGGUGAAGUUGAGGUCACUGCAGUCACUUGAGGUCAAGCACUCGAUAUUUCUUCAUUAUUCUUGCUUUCUUUCUUUUUGCUUGAUUGCUUUCACCAAACUGUGACAUGCUGGAAAUCCAAAUAAACAUUGUUGUUCUUCUUA